CAAUUCUGUCUUCAUGCUGCAAGUGGCGUGGGCUUUGGCGAGGGCAUGGACCACCCUGUACAUCGAGGGGAUACGAUGUCCAUCGGACUUCAUGAAAGAUCCCUCGUGGAGGAUGAUGACCCUCACAUGAAGGUGUCUCUGGGCUGUGGUGACAUGGGCAUAUCCGCCCAUCUUCAGGCAUCCAAGACAGGCAACACACGCUUUUUCACCAGCAACACACACAGCUCCGUUGUCCUACAGGGCUUUGACCAGCUGAGGAUAGAGGGUCUGCUGUGCGACGUGACGCUGGUGGCGGGAGACGGAGACGAGGCCUUCCCCGUGCACAGAGCCAUGAUGGCCUCCUCCAGCGACUACUUCAAAGCCAUGUUUACAGGUGGGAUGAAGGAGCAGGAUUUGAUGUGCAUUAAGCUUCACGGUGUAAAUCGGAUAGGACUGAAGAAGAUCAUCGACUUCAUCUACACAGCCAAGCUCUCGCUCAACAUGGAGAACCUUCAGGACACUCUGGAGGCGGCCAGCUUCCUGCAGAUUCUCCCCGUGCUCGACUUCUGCAAGGUCUUUCUCAUCUCCGGGGUCUCGUUGGACAACUGCGUGGAGGUGGGCCGCAUCGCCAACACCUACAACCUGACGGAGGUGGACAAGUACGUCAACAACUUCAUCCUGAAGAACUUCCCCUCGCUGCUGGCCACUGGCGAGUUCGUCAAGCUGCCGUUCGAGCGGCUGUGCUUCGUGCUGGCCAGCAACGCGCUCAAGCAGUGCGGCGAGCUGGAGCUCUUCAAGGCGGCGUGCCGCUGGCUGCGGGCGGAGGACGGCGGACGGAUGGAGCACGCCGCGCGGCUGAUGCGCAACAUCCGCUUCCCGCUCAUGAGCCCCAGCGAGCUCAUCAACCACGUGCAGACGGUGGACUUCAUGCGCACCGACAACACCUGCGUCAACCUGCUGCUGGAGGCCAGCAACUACCAGAUGAUGCCCUACAUGCAGCCGGUCAUGCAGUCGGAGCGCACGGCCAUCCGCUCGGACGCCGCGCACCUGGUGACGCUCGGCGGCGUCCUUCGCCAGCAGCUGGUGGUCAGCAAGGAGCUGCGGCUCUUCGACGAGAAGGCGCACGAGUGGAAGGCCCUGGCGCCCAUGGACGCGCCGCGCUACCAGCACGGCAUCGCCGUCAUCGGCAACUUCCUGUACGUGGUGGGCGGCCAGAGCAACUACGACACCAAGGGCAAGACGGCGGUGGACACGGUCUUCCGCUACGACCCGCGCUACAACAAGUGGAUCCAGGUGGCGUGCCUCAACGAGAAGCGCACCUUCUUCCACCUGAGCGCGCUCAAGGGGUACCUGUACGCCGUGGGCGGGAGGAACGCCGCCGGCGAGCUGGGCGGCAUCACCCACGACACCUUUCAGAAGGAGCUGAUGUGCUUCGACCCGGACUCGGACAAGUGGACGCAGAAGGCGCCGAUGACCACGGUGCGCGGCCUCCACUGCAUGUGCACGGUGGCCGACCGGCUCUACGUCAUCGGCGGCAACCACUUCCGGGGCACGAGCGACUACGACGACGUGCUGACCUGCGAGUACUACAGCCCGUCGCUGGACGUGUGGACGCCCAUCGCGGCCAUGCUGCGCGGCCAGAGCGACGUGGGCGUGGCGGUCUUCGAGAACAAGAUCUACGUGGUGGGCGGCUACUCGUGGAACAACCGCUGCAUGGUGGAGAUCGUGCAGAAGUACGACCCGGAGAAGGACGAGUGGCACAAGGUGUUCGACCUGCCCGAGUCGCUGGGCGGCAUCCGGGCGUGCACGCUGACCGUCUACCCGCCCGAGGACCUGUCGGCCGGCUCGCCCACGCGCGAAUCGCCGCUGUCGGCGCCUUGAGAACGGAGAGGGGGGGAGGAAUCGAGAGAGAGACUGAUAGACUGAUAGAGACAGAGUUAUAAAACGGAGAGAGAGAGCGAGAGGUUCGUGAGAGAACAAACUGAAGGACAAUAUGGACGGACGGAUGGAGUCGCUGCCUGGCCCCCCUCCUUUACCCCCCCAUCACUCCCUCCCUCCUUCUCACCCCUUUGUCUGGAUAUUGCCCCCCC